AUGCAGAAUAAAGUCAGCAACUACCAAGCCAAGAAGUUCAUGAAAAAUCAAAUUACUGUCCCUGCUCGUGCUGAGGAGAUUACAAUCCCUGGAGAUGUGACCCCAGAACGGGUGCCCACCCACAUCGUAGAUUAUUCUGAGUCUGAGCAGACGGAUGAGCAGCUGUAUAAUGAGAUCUCACGGGCGAAUGUUAUCUGUAUUGUGUAUGCAGUCAACAACAAGAACUCCAUAGACAAGGUCACCAACCAUUGGAUUCCUCUCAUCAAUGAUCGUACUGAUAAGGAUAACAGGGUCCCCCUUAUCCUGGUGGGGAAUAAGUCUGACCUCUUGGAUUAUAGCAGCAUGGAGACCGUCCUCCCCAUCAUGAACCAGUACUCUGAAAUUGAGACCUGUGUGGAGUGUUCAGCCAAGAACCUGAAGAACAUCUCUGAGUUGUUUUACUACUCACAGAAGGCGGUGCUGCACCCCACCGGGCCCCUUUACUGCCCCGAGGACAAGGAGGUGAGGGGGUCACCGGCCCAUAACAGGGGAGGGGGUUAUAGGGGCACCCGGUAUAUACAUGGUGGAGGAUGA